CUUAUGGUGAGAGAAAGCAGCUCAAGCUAUUUAGUUUAUCACAGAGACGGCUCAGCAGUGACUGGAACGUGGAACAGAAGUUAUCCGUACGUGGGGCAGAGAUUUCUGGAAGCAGCCAGCAACUUGAUCUAGCAGCCAAAGGCAGAACAAGACUAGAAAUCAGGUGUAAAUUUUAACCAGGAGGGGAAUUAACGACUGACCUAGGGAUGUGGUGGAGUUUUAAAGUCAAGACUGGGUGUCUUCCUCAGAGCUCUGCUGCAGCGCAGCCAACAGUGACACACAUGAUCUGCAGGGCCCUUCUGCCCCUAAAUCCAUGAGGAUGAAGUGUCCCCAUUUUACAGGUGGGGAACGGAGAUGCCGAGGUCAAGGCCAGAUCUGUCACAAGUGCUGGCUAAUUUUGGAUGUCCUAUUUGUGAGGCCAAGGGUCUGGUUUGUCAGAGAACUUGGGGUUUGACAGCACUGUCCACGCUCAAAGCCCAGCUCCCACUGACUGCAGCUGUGAGCGCCCCGCACUUCUCCAAAUCUCACCCCCGUCGUCUCGAGUCAGGCACACAGAAAAUGAGGCGCGCACCGGAUCUCUCUGUGACAAGGCUGGUGUAGGUGACUUGCCCAGCAUCACAUGGGACCCGUGUGGCAGAGGCAGGGACAGAAUCUCAUCUCCGGGGCAGCAUUCAGCUGUCUUCCCCAUGAGACCGUUCUCUCUCUUCCUGCAGUCCCCUGCCUCAGUCACUCUGCACCUUCCAGCUUCUGCAACAAAGGAGGCAGGGGUCCUACGGCCCACGGCUCAUUCCCUGCACAGCCCCAGAGCAGGUCUGUACGGAGCACUGAAUGAGAUGGGGCCUGUGGGAAAAUCGCAGGUGAUCUUGUAGUUAAAGACAUGGACCUCACUGCCUUGAGAUCUCGCUGAGGCCAACAGCUGAGCGGGGUUUGGAAAGGGGCCGAGUGUUCCUGUGGGGAAUGCGAACAGCCGGAGUCAGUGCGCGAGGAGAAAAACACAGCACAGGAGGGAUCUAACCCCUGAGCUAUGCAGUCCCUGCAGGUUUGGGGCAGAGAAAGAGGCUUCCCUCUGGGUCACGGGAAUCCGAUCACAGACCCUGCUCUGUUCCUCUCCUGGUUUGUGGGUCUGGCUCCUGCGUUCCUGGCCUGGGGGAGAGUCUGACCCUGCAGUGCUGUGCGGGGACCCAUCCUGCUGACCGUGUCCCUCUUUCAGUGCGUCCUGUCUGGAUUGUGGAGGAAUGAGCUGGGCUCUAACAUGACCAUCUCUGCCGUGAACGCCGAGGGGGGAUUCACCGGUUCGUACCACACGGCGGUGACGGUCACCGACAAACGCAGCCUGGUGUCGCCCCUGAAGGGGUCCCAGAACCGCAAGAGCCAGAGGAAGCAGCCGACCUUUGGCUUCACCGUGAGCUGGACGUUCUCAAACUCGAUGACCGUCUUCGUGGGCCAGUGCUUUGUGGAUGAUAAUGGGGAGGAGAUUCUGAAGACCAUGUGGCUGCUGCGCAAGGAGGUCGGAUCCCCCAGCGCCGACUGGAAAGCGACCAGGGUCGGCACAAAUGUUUUCACCCGGAUCAAGUGAUGGAACGUGGGUGAAUCUGUGAGGAGCGACGGUGUCCGGUGACCCAGCAGCACCGUGACCCCACUCUGCAGCCCCAGGGCUCCUGGUUCCCCUGUCCGGAAUUGUCCUGGGCUCUCUCGAGAGCGUCUUGCCCGGCCUCAGGGCUGUUUGCUGGGCUGCAGAGGCGCCGUCUCUGACUCCAUCUCCCCUCGCUCUCCGGUUACACCCACAUCCCAGAAUCGCUGCCUGCGCCCCCCACGCUGCAGUUUAGUUCCUUUCCCAGUAAAGCUCUAGGCGGGAGGCAAAUGAGUCUCUUGUGUUUUUAUCACUCUUGGCUCUUGGGGUGAAGCUGUUGCUGAGCCGUGAUUCCCACCUGCCCCUCUCUGGAUUCCCUGGGAGGUGCCGGAUUCUCUCCCAUGAGCUGGGCCCUUCCUGGACGCCCCUUGGCAGGUUCAUCCCCCUGGCUCGCUCCUUUGCUCACUGCCCAUUGCCUGGGGCACAGAGUGCAACAGUCGCUGUACAGCCCCGACGAGACGCCCUUCCUGCUAAACGGCCCUUCGCUCACUCAGGAGGUUCCUGUCCAGCGCUCUCAGCCCAGGGGUUCGUUUCUCUCGGGCAUCCGGCGCCGCCCACCUCGAGUUCUAGGUACCAGGAGCCAAAUAAACAUUUUCCAUCGGAAAAACGGCUGUUCUGUGUGGUUCUCCCUUGAAACCCUCCACGGGCGGCGUAACGCUCCGGAGGAACCCAGCACGGGGAAAGGGACGGGCAAACCUGUGGAUUAAAGCUCUGGAGAUUCAAAGCCACAUGUUCCCGCCCACCCCUGACUAAAAUCCCACUGCUGCUUGGAUCCAACUGGAGGAGCUGGGAACCCUGCCCCCCGCCAUACAGCAGGAAGGGAGAGGCCUUGAAGUGGGACCUGAGCUCAUCUCCUGGGAUUUGAACAGCCCACGGAGCAUGGGGCUGGCUGGCCCUGUGCAGAGGGUGGAGGGGUCAGUCCCUGGGUCAGGCCCACAUUAACACACUGGGGCAAUAAUCCAAAGGGGGAGGGAGGCCUCUGGGGAGCAGGAGCUGCUCCACCCCCAUGGGGGGCAGCUAGUCCCGGAACCCACAAGGGCAGAGGCAAUUCUUGAUUUAGUCCUAAAUGGUGCACAGGACCUGGCCCAACAUGUGCAUAGAGCUGAACCACUCGGUAAUAGAGACCACAAUAUAAUUAAAUGUAACAUCACUGCGGGGGGGGGUACCAAAGAACCUCCGCACUGUAGCAUUUAACUUCAGAAAGGGGAACCACACAGAAAGGAGGAGGCCAGUUAAACAGAAAUGAAAAGGAACAGUCACAAGAGUGAAAUGCCUGCAAACUGCCUGGAAACUAUUUAAACACCAUA